AGCGUUUCUUUUCAAGCAACAAUGGCAAUCAAGUGGCUCCUACUCGUGAGCCGUCAAGGCAAGGUUCGUCUGACCAAAUGGUUUGUCACCAUUCCACCAAAAGAAAAAGCAAAGAUUGUCAAGGAUGCCACCCAGCUCGUUUUGGCCAGAAGAGUCAAGAUGUGCAAUUUCUUGGAAUACAAAGACCAGAAGAUUGUGUACCGAAGAUAUGCGAGUCUUUUCUUUGUAGUAGGAAUCAGCCAGGAUGAUAACGAGCUUAUUACUUUAGAGAUCAUCCAUCGUUAUGUCGAGAUUCUUGAUCGUUACUUUGGAAAUGUGUGUGAAUUGGACUUGAUUUUCAACUUUCAAAAGGCCUAUUUUAUUCUAGAUGAGUUAAUUAUCGCAGGAGAGCUUCAAGAAACAAGCAAGAAAUCUGUCUUGAGAGUUAUCACACAACAGGAUCAGUUUGAGGAGCAAGAAGUUAAUGAGCAAAAGGCUGGCUAAAUUAUACACAAAGAAAGUCGGAAGGGACCAAAAUGAUAUAUGCAGUAUGAGUCAGGAUGAAGAGAGAGAAAGAGAGAGAGAGAGAGAGAGUGAGUCACAUACUCUGGAGGACAAAAUACGCUUUAUCAUGGACCCUUUCUUUUCUUGUCUUGUCUUGUAUUGCCUUUUUUUCUACUUUUAUAUAAUUACUACCAUACCAAGAAAUCCAAUCAUGGCUACUACUAUAAAACCAUUCUCGUCUCGUAUAUUUAAUUUGACAUCUUUAAAAACACAUGUAUUGCUUCAGCGAGCUUAUUCGACUAUCAAAUACCCUAUAAAUCAAACAAAACCACACCAUUUUCUUACCACAGC